AUGAUGGGAGAGGUAAGAGAUCAUUUAGAGAAACAUGAUGAUGCCCUCGUUAAAUUACAAGGUGAGCAAUGGCAAGGAAGGCAACCAGCCUUUAUCCAUGAUGAUUAUGAUGGUGGAAUUGAUACGGAUGAUGACCAAGCUAUCAUUGUUGGUCUAGACAUUAAUCCUAAAAGACAAAAUCAGAGAGGACGUUUUGAUAAUGUGGAUCGAAACAUAGGCAACAUUAAAAUGAAGAUUCCUCCUUUUUAA